AUGCGUCCACUGACCAAGCCAUUGACCCUCGUGAGCAUCCGGUCGAGCGCCAAGCAAACGCUCUCCCAGGCCUACGGCCACCUCGUCACGUACUACUCGCUCACCGUCAUGUGCCCGAAUUCGCACGUCUGGUGGUCCAUGAAGCGCCGAUACUCGGACCUCUAUUACGUCCGGACGCAGCUCCAGCGCAUGUACAAGCACGCGCUCAAGCUCAAGGGCGCACGCCAGACCGACCGCGUUGUGGCGCUCUUGGCGCCAGUCGUUUCUGCCAAGUUUCCGCCCAAGCGGCUCGGGCUCGACACGACCAAUAUCGUGCAGGAGCGCCUCAUCGGCCUCAAGGAGUUUGUCGCGCACCUCAUGCAGCUUCGAAGCUCCUGCCUCGAGCUCCGCGACCCAUCGAACGACUCGUACUUUGAGACGGAGCAACUCAAUGAGAUCUACCGCCUCCUCGGCCACGCGCUCGCCGUGCCGACGCGAAUGAACUGCCGCCCGACGACGACAACUGUUGCGACAACCGAACCGUGCGCGAUCUGCCUCGAAGACCAUCGAGAUGGCGCGAAAGACAGCGUGUUCCAACUCCCGUGCGGCCACGAGUUCCACCAAGAGUGCAUCUUGGAGUGGUUCGAGACGCAGCACACGUGCCCCAUGUGCCGCACCGAGGCUUUCGCCGGCUACAUCGUCUAGACAGCAGCCUCUAUUUAUUAUUGUAUGCCCGAAAUAUACACACGGCGCUCCGUAGUGCACGGAGCGCGGCUCUUUUUCAUUUCAAAA